AUGGCAAUUCUAAUAUUUUUGCGGAGACCCCUCAAGGCAGCCUGUAUUGCGGUCUCCCUCGCUAUGGCAUACGCUGCCUCGGUCUCGGCAGUGACAGUGCUUCCCAGAGGUAUUCCAAGCAACCAUUGGGGCCUAUUAAAGGAAUAUCCAGCUUUUCUUGAUGCCGACUUUCCAAGAGAAGUAGCAGAAAGAACGGAAGCAGUGACAGGAGAAGGGGAGGCGCUGGAUGCAGAAGAAUCAGUUACCGAUGAUGCUGUAUACCAACAAGAGGAUGGCGACGAUGCAGCCGACUUCAAUUUGGCUUUUCUAGAGGACCAACUGCGUGAAUCUUCUCUCUUGGGGAAUUCUGCUGCGCGGAGUUCCUUUAGCUGCACUGUUUCGUUUCCUGGAGGAUACGCAGCGUCUCCUGUUGUUGAGGUACUUGGGGAAGGAGCAAAGCAAACCACCGCCACUGCUAUAUUCGUUGAUGAGGACGCUCGUUACUGGACGCACGGGUUUGUAAAUGGUGUUACUAUUCCCUCAAGUUUCCGCUUUGGACCUGUGGGCGCAGGUGGCGACUACGCGGAUAUCCAUCCUCCAAAGGGCAGUGGUCGGCACACUUAUACAGUUGUUGUCUAUGAAGGGUCUUUAGACUUUGGGCCUUUACUAUCAUCACUACAAGGAUCUCCCUGGAGCAAUAGGAGCCGUGCUGUGGGUUCAGUAAAGGCCAUUGUCGAUGACUUUAGGCGGCAGAACCCAGGAAAGCCUGUUGAGGAGCUGUGCAGGUGUUCUGUACGCGUGUCGUAUGAAGAUAUUGCCCAGCAAGAGUGA